GUUACGAUUUUCAAGUUCCAUUUCGACAGGCGUGAAUUUAUCAUUGUUACCAGCUCGCCGAGUCUAACAGUUGGCACACCGCGUAGUUACAUGAUUAUUAAUCGUUCGCCGCACCGUUUACACCCGAGCUUUCGCGAAUACCGGACUUGUUUGCAAACAGGCACGGUCGUGUCUAGCUGUGUAUGCGGAUAGCGCAUGUUAUAGGAAGUCGACACAGAGAAUAUCGUUAAAGCUUCCUCGCGUUUCAGUGUGUAUUGGAAAUCUCGAGCGAGUAAGUUCGUCAAUUUAAAGCCGAGGAAACGUACAUUUUACACGGCGGGAUAUUGGCGAGAACAAUAGCGAUUGGAUUCACCGAUUGGACUCUAUUCUUGUAAUCGGUCUCGGGGGCUCUCCCAGGUUUCGCGCUUAAUUGGACCAGGCAUAAAAUCGUCAUUUACAGAUUUACUUGUAUCUCGUUUCAAGACUUUUCAACUGCUUCCCCACGAGGAGAUAAAUUUCCGCACCGAUAAGUCGAGGAAACAAAUUGAGCCGAAGGCUCUUUUGUCUCAGAAGCGAGCUUUGGACUGUUGAUUGCCGUCGGUAUGCCCGUCAACGGAGUACGCGUGCUGCCGGACAUACCGAAGAGUAUGCCGAACAUGGGGAUCUUGAUUCAGGAGUUCGAAACGGGUUUCUGUUCGACGCCGGCCAGCUGCCAGGAUACCGCGCCGAAAUCGUCGACCUUGAGCCACGGCAAUUUCGUCAAAAAGAUUGUUGAAGCUUACGAGUCAAGCGUGAAAGCGUCCAACAGGCCUCCACGGGAACGAACUAGAGAAAGAAGUGAUUUCUUGAAUACUCUUGAUGCCAAGAACCACAGGAACGUAGAGAAGAGCUCGGGACCCGCGAUAUGCGAAACGGCCCACUGGGACAACUUUCAGAAGGAAUUCAACUACUUUUCGACUUCGCUCGAGACACACGAGGUCGAAGGUGACUUUGUGAUUCUUAAUCGGUAUCACUCGGAGAGCGAUGUCAAAACAGCUUCUGAUGCAUGGCUGGGAUUCCCCCCCAAGAUCAAUAUGUACAGCUCCAUAGGCGAAUUCUCGAUGGAAUCUCAAUCCAGUCCGUCGACGAGGAAUAAAACGUGGAGCCUGAAGAGGAGAAAUGAAAAAUUCGACGAUAAAACGAGGAAGAAGAAAUUAAUAGUUUGCUCAAGUCCUUUGGAGGAUGUUGAAGACAAAGAUUUGAACUGCGAGACUCUUGACGACAUCUUAACAAGCUCUUGCGACUCAAGCAAUAACAGUUACAGAAAUUUACAAGCUAAUCUAUAUUGCUUUGAAGACAAACAACUCGGACUCUCCUCAACUUCGCUGCCAUCGUUGAGGUCCCCCUUGAGAUCGUCGCACAGUAACAUAUUAAAUAAUGAUGACGGUAGCCUAGACUCAUCAUCCUUUCUCGACAUAACCGUUACAUCUUCCAAAGAUGUUUCAGAGGAUCGAGAUAAUCUUCGGGAUUCUAAACCGGUUCCAAAUCCAUCGUAUAAUCUCGACCAAAAGUCGCCGCGAGCAAAAGGCGCUUUGCCCAAUGAAGCCCAGCCGGUCAAGAUCGACAGCGAUACCUGUAUGACGUGGAUAUCAACCCUGGGCGACAAGCUGUCUCGAAAGAAACAGCUGAAGAAGUUACUAAAGUCGGCAUUCGGCACUAAACUGUUGAACAAGAAGGUAUGCAAAAAACCGGCCGAGAAGCAGCCGAAUGAACGUACUUCCGACUCUGGGUUUACCGAACGAUUUCUGUCCUCUUCGUCCUCUCCCUCGCAGAGAUCCUGGCGCCCCAAUCCCACCGAGAAACCGCCGGCGCCGCCGACAUUUGGAACCUUCGGCCGCGAGAAAAACGCUUGCGUCAGUAACAAGACGUGGUCAAAGAGCUCUCGCAUGGUCUUGACUGAAGUGCCCCGCGAAGAGUUUGCGAGCGAGUCUGAGCCUUCCGACUCGAUCUCCUGGAUAUCUUCACGUGGCUCAACCACCUCCUGCAAAGAGAACCGCGGGAACGUCGUUGAAUCUCCGUUGAAGAGCACGAUGCUCACGAAUUCUUCGACGUUGAAAGCCUCCUGUGGAUACCCGCCGCAUCCUGAGUGCCCUCGUCCGGCCUGGAACGGGAUCCCCGAACAGCCCUUUAUCGCGGAGACAAAGCCGGAUCGAACAACGGAGGAGCGGAUGAGAUGCGACGCGAAGGAACGCGAAUUUGAUAUGCGUGAAUUGGAAUCUUCAGGUACGUCGUCUACGUCUCAAACCGACCUAAACAUCUCGCACUCCAAGAUAUCUCAGUGGUUGACUUCAUCUUCAAACUGCAACUGCAAUCUUUUGAGAUCACGUUUGUGCAAGUCAACGUCGGCGCUUGAUGGGCUCGUUCCUCAGCGGACACCGGUCAAUAAUGUUCUUAUGUGCAAGUCCACCAUGGAUUUCUUGUCUACCGUGCACAAUGAUUCGUGCGCGCAGAGAGAAUCCUGCACGCACCGUUACGCCACCGUGAGUCCGAAAAAUUUGAGAUUCUCCAUGUCGCGAGAGAAAUCGCGGGCGAUCGAAAGGAGUUUCAAUGCCUAGAAGGACACCGGCGCUCUUCCCCUCGGGAGGUACUUUCGGCUGGGUGGAAUUUUCCAGAUUGCGAUUUAAUUAAACUUCGCUGAAGUACGUCACGCUGGAUAGUAAUCUAUCUAAAUUACGAUCAAACUGCUCGCAAUCGAAUGUUGGUAUUUGAAAAUUAAUUUAACGAUUGACCGUUUAACAAUUAUUUACAGCUCAAACUGCGCACGUCACUUUACUUAGUUCUAAGAUCAAUUUAAUUCUUAUUAGUAUCGUUAGAUCGACGAGAGCUACUUUGAUUUAUGCUUGAUUCGCAGUAUUCGCUGCUUACGCCGAAAUGGCCGGCAAAUCAUUGGCAGAUUUGUCGCGUCAGUUCGUUCUGAUGUAUUGAUAUUAUUGACACUGCCAAUCCCGAAAUAGAGUUAUACAAUUGUCUUACUCAGGAGGAUUCCGAUUUAAUGAGAAAUUUUGAUUGACAAUUUAAUUUACUUAUCUACUGAGUCAUCCCGUAAAUAACGCGGUAUAAAAGGGAACUUGAUUUAUUCUUUAGCUCGAAAUCGAAAGACUUUUAUCGCUAGGGAAUUGAAGUUUUAAGAUUAAGUAGUUGUCAAUAAUAAUUUUGGAUAAAAAUUAAAAGGUCAAAUUUUUUGUUACAUAAAUCAUUGGUUUCAAAGUUGUCUUUAACGAAACCGCACUACUUAUGGGAUAACCCAAUAUUUAUUUAUUAUCUCUAUUUACAUGUCUAAGACGAUAUUCAACAAAAUUGAACUUGUACGAAUCUUAAAAUAAUUAUCUUUUGUUUAGCUUUAUAGUUUUAUAAUACCGAUUGCGAUGAGAGAUUAUUCUUGAUUAAAAUUCGGUUAAGAGAAUGGGCCAAUUAAGAAUCCGCAAAGUUAAAAAUUCGAUUUGUACGCGUCUCACUUGUCUCCUCUUUUUCGAGAAACGUCAGCACGAGUACCCGGAGAGAUUUCCACCAAAGAGGAGGCCGUGCGAUGGCGUAAUUUUAUCUUUUGCAAAUUUUCUACCGGAAAAAGUAACAUAUAAUAAUGUCUUGCUCAUUCUUCGUAAAAUUUUGCAAAUCACCGUCGCACACGAGAACGCAUUUUUAAUCUCUCCUAUUCAGCAUUUCAAUAUUUUAUUCAAUUAAUCUCUUUCCGCUUUCCCGUGCUACGUAAAAGAGGUAAAAGGAAUUUGACAUUUGCGAACAGUUCCAUUUACUGGUCCGUUUCUCUCGUCGAAAUCGGCAGGUUCCAAUACACGACAGAUUCAUGAUAUCGUGGUGCUCUCGGUCAUUUCUUGCGAAAUGACACGACGAAGAUUCUUUCAAAGAUAAGGUUAUACGAAGAACGAUAUCAUGUAAUCUUUAUCCUUAUUGACAAAGAUACUCUCCUCGAGUCUCUCGUAUUUCUUCCGGAAAUGUUGAAGAAGAUCUCGAGUAGCAGUGAACGAAUUAUUAGUUGUACAACAGCGACUUCGCAGCUCCUGACGCAAAAGCUUAUAUGUUGUCUAUUAUUGUUUAGGAAUAAGCAUUUUUGAUACGAUAUUGCAUGCAAUUGCCUUCGCGCAUUAUGUUCGAAAGAUUAAUAUAUACAAAAUGUUUUUAC